CACGUGAGGCUCAUGUGACGGUGUCGAGUCUGUGUCUCUAGCCGAGAGACGUGCCUGCAGUCACAGGGUUUAUUUAACACGUAGUCAGAAACCCACCCAGCUCUCACACAUUCACCCGGGCGUGGAGCCUCCCCAGACGUACUACUGAGUCCGGACCUCAGGGUGACAACACUGCGCCGUGCCCAACUCCUGAUCACAGCGGGAACACUUACACACACUGGAUAACAGGAGAUUCUUUUUUUUUUCUUGAUUUUUAUUUUCUCGUACGAUCUCCUUCUCGCUUUGCCGUGCGGGUACAGAGGCACAUUUUGGAACGUUUUGAAGGCAUUUUGAAGUCAUUUAUUCGGGCUUUACGGCGACAUGGAGAGGAUUACCAGUGCGCAACCACCUCCCUGUGUGCCAAAACACCCAUCACUGGAUAUAGACAUGCAAGGAAUGGAGUUUCCCAUUUAUAUGUACAAACCCAGGAGGGGCAUGAAGCGCGGGGAUGAAAGCAAGGAGACAUACAAGUUGCCACACCGUCUGAUCGAAAAGAAAAGACGUGACAGAAUCAACGAGUGCAUUGCCCAGCUGAAGGAUUUGUUGCCAGAACAUCUUAAGCUUACAACGCUGGGUCAUUUGGAGAAAGCUGUGGUGCUGGAACUCACUCUCAAGCAUGUGAAAGCCCUGAGCACCCUCCUGGAGCAGCAGCAGCAGAAAAUUAUCGCACUCCAGAAGGGCCUGCAAAUUAGUGAUCAUGGAGGUGAGAGUGCAGACAGCAGCGAGGAGAUGUUCCGUUCUGGCUUUCAUUUGUGCGCAAAAGAGGUCCUCCAGUAUGUUGCCAGCCAAGAAAGCAGCAGGGACCUGACUCCUUCCCAUGUUAUUAGCCACAUCCAAAAGGUAGCAGCGGAAGUCCUGCAGCAUCGAAGCGUCCUACACCCAGACAAGUCCAUCUCUCAAGCUUCAGAGAAACUGAAGAAACCUGCUGGACAGCCCCAAAGGGUGAUCGAGGGCCCUGCUAAGAACUGUGUUCCUGUCAUUCAAAGGACUAAUCCCCAUGGGAUGGGGGAACAGAGCGGCAGUGACACAGACACUGACAGCGGCUAUGGGGGAGAACAUGACAAGCGUGACCCCAAAGCUCAGUGGUCAGAAAGGCAUGCAAAGGAGGUGGAGCUCAAGCAUAUCGUGUCUGAGAGGACAGCUGGUGCCAUCAAGCAGGAGGACGAUGAGCCUCAGGCCAAGAAGUCGAGGUGUGACUCCUCAGAGGAUGAGAUUGUCUCUGCUCACACGGCAGGAGGUGCUGGCAGCUACAUGAGCUUCUCAGCCAACCAGCCCCCUUUUUGUCUCCCCUUCUACCUCAUCCCCCCUGCAGCCGCACCAGUGGCAGCCUAUCUGCCCAUGCUGGAGAAAUGCUGGUAUCCCGGGGGCAUGCCCGUUAUGUACCCGGGCAUGAGUGGCUCUGCAACAGGCUUGCCCCAAGAGACACUCCCCUCAUCUCUGGUGAUGUCCCCGAGGGCAGGGUCUCCAGUGCCCCACCAGAAGCCCAUGGACUCACCUGCUCUUCACAAAGCUUUAAAGCAAGUCCCUCCAUUGAACUUGGAAACUAGAGGGUGAACGUAUGCAUUUCUGUUGUAAUCGUGCCCUCCGAAUGUUGACGGGGUUGAAUGGUCGGUCCGCUGAAAAGAGGAUAAACAAACACAAAUGCACUGGUAUCCCUCCAAACCACAGCCGCUGUUUGGCCAACCAGAACAUUAACCGCAGCAAUGAACCCCAAAUGGUCACCGCCGUCUAUUAUCAGCUCCUCACACACUGAAACGGGACUGAGCAACUUGGGGUGCCCGUGCGAAGGCUUAUAGAUAACUUGUUGCAUGGCUCUCAAACACUGUGAAGAUGGUCAGUUCAGAGACGAUGACUGUGCAAGAGAGGGCAAGAGUUGUUUUAUUUGUUUUUUAAUCGUCUUUGCCCGCAGUGUUGAAUGUCAGAGUUAAACCCAGAAUGUAAGGCAAGCAUAAGCCCCCCAAAAUUAUUUGGACCUACUUUUUGCACACACAAACACACACACCAGUCUGUAAUGAAUGUAAAAGAUUGAACAAACACCCCUUGUAGAUGCUGCUUGAAUUAUUAUUAUUGCCUGCUGUAGAUCUAUGAAUGAAGGAUCUACCUUCAGCGUUUGCCGCUCCUGUAACUGCAACAAACCAUUGUUUAGAUUAGAAUGCUACAAAAAAAAAAAAAAAAUGUUCACAUUGACCAUUGACGUUACAAAAGAGAUUGCUCUAUCGAUCCUUCUUUUACCUUGAAGCUAAGUGAACACAAGUGUUCAUGAUGUUCAAAGAAUUCAGGGCGUUGUCGCUGUACGAGGUGUGUCAGUCACGUCUGUCGAAGAGUAACGUGACCGUACGUGCUUUCACGGUUUAAUUUGUGACUCUUCACUAUCUUUAUGUCUAGAUGGAGUUCCUGUGAAGUAAUUUCUUAUAUUUUUGUUUAUAUUACUCGUACAUCUCUAUUUUUGAUACGUGACCCACUGAGUGUAGUUGCAUCGCCACCGGAGGGAGGCUGAGGUAGCCAUUUGCUGUAUUCCAAGAGAACAUGUACAGUAUAAAGUGUCAUACCCAACCAGAUUUGCAUCUUGCCCACAAAUUCCCGGUCAAGUUAAGGCCUGAUCUUAGCUCAUGCUGUUGCCUUUACUCGUUUAACGCAGACACGACGACGGCAGGUGUUGAAAUGUAUUUGUUUUAAACACUGUGUCUGUAGCAAAGAGAGUGAAUGUAAAGUUCAAACAAAAAUAAUAGUUUUGUAUAGAAAGAGGUACUCGGGAUUUUUAUUUUGAAAUGUAACAAAAAGUUGUUUGUUGUACAUAUUUUGUACAUAAAGUAUUAUUGAUAUAUAUUAAAAUAUUAAUAAAG